CUGAGAGAGCGCCGGUGAACGGGCGAGCGGGCGAGCUGAUAGCCACAACCUAGCAGUAGCUAGGAUUCCUGCGCACUGCAUCCCCAAAGGGACUCUCAGGCUGAGCCCCCUCUCCUGCCCUGGCUCGGUUCUCUGCUGACUUGAGAGGGCACACUGGGACUCCUUAGGAGGAGCUGCUGAGUGUGGGUUCCCCGUCAGAGUGGCUACCCCCUGCCAGGGGUCUGCGAAAGGAGUCGCCAGGGAAGCAGCUGUUUUUUCUCAUGGCUCUUCAUGCGCCUGGAAUUGGACUCCGGACUGGGCGCUCGGCUGCUUGCUUUUGUCUUGUUCAAGCUUCACAGCACAUACGUUGAUUGGAAUCCUGGGCCAAUCAAGAGCCAAGUUCAAAGUGAUACUCCAGGACUCUCCAUCCCAGACUCCAAGUCGAAUUUGUGUCUAGAAGAGAGGAGUCUCUUGCUCUAACUAGUGGAUCUCCAUUCCAUAACUGGACUUACCAGAGUAUUCCUCACCGAUACCUGGACUGCAGUGGCUACACGGUUCUCUUGGGGAUGGGUGGGAGGGUGCUUUGAACUCCAGACCACAACACUCAGAAAGAACCUCGACAAUGGACAGAGUUUAUGAAAUUCCUGAGGAGCCAAAUGUGGAUCCGGUUUCAUCUCUGGAGGAAGAUGUCAUCCGUGGGGCCAACCCCCGCUUUACCUUUCCAUUUGGCAUCCUCUUCUCCACCUUUUUGUACUGUGGGGAGGCUGCAUCUGCCUUGUACAUGGUUAGAAUCUAUCGAAAGAAUAGUGAAACGUACUGGAUGGCAUACACUUUUUCCUUCUUUAUGUUUUCAUCCAUUAUGGUCCAGUUGACCCUCAUUUUUGUCCACAGAGAUCUGGCCAAAGAUAGACCACUAUCGCUAUUUAUGCAUCUAAUCCUCUUGGGACCUGUUAUCAGAUGUUUGGAGGCCAUGAUUAAGUACCUCACACUGUGGAAGAAAGAGGGGCAGGAGGAGCCCUAUGUCACCCUCACCCGAAAGAAGAUGCUAAUAGAUGGCGAGGAGGUGCUGAUAGAAUGGGAGGUGGGCCACUCCAUCCGGACCCUGGCUAUGCACCGCAAUGCCUACAAACGUAUGUCACAGAUCCAAGCCUUCCUGGGCUCAGUGCCCCAGCUGACCUAUCAGCUCUAUGUGAGCCUGAUCUCUUCAGAGGUCCCCCCAGGUAGAGCUGUGCUAAUGGUCUUUUCCCUGAUAUCUGUCACCUAUGGGGCUACCCUUUGCAACAUGUUGGCUAUCCAGAUCAAGUAUGAUGACUACAAGAUUCGCCUUGGGCCACUAGAAGUCCUUUGCAUCACCAUCUGGCGGACAUUGGAGAUCACUUCCCGCCUCAUGAUCCUGGUGCUCUUCUCAGCCACCUUGAAAAUGAAGGCUGUGCCCUUCAUAGUGCUCAACUUCUUGAUCAUCCUCUUUGAGCCUUGGGUUAGGUUCUGGAGAAGUGGUGCCCAGUUGCCCAAUAACAUCGAGAAGAAUUUCAGCCGAGUCGGCACUCUCGUGGUGCUGAUUUCCAUCACCGUCCUCUACGCUGGCAUCAACUUCUCCUGCUGGUCAGCCUUGCAGUUGAGGUUGGCAGACCGAGACCUUGUUGACAAAGGUCAGAACUGGGGACAUAUGGGCCUGCACUAUAGUGUGAGAUUGGUAGAGAAUGUGAUUAUGGUCUUGGUUUUUAAGUUCUUUGGAGUGAAAGUGUUACUCAAUUAUUGUCAUUCCUUGAUUGCUUUGCAGCUCAUUAUUGCUUAUCUGAUUUCCAUUGGCUUCAUGCUCCUUUUCUUCCAGUAUUUGCAUCCGUUGCGCUCACUCUUCACCCAUAAUGUGGUGGACUACCUCCACUGUGUCUGCUGCCACCGGCACCCUCAGGCCAGGGUUGAGAACGCACAGCCAUCCUUUGAGGCUGAAGCAAGGCAAAGCAUUGUCUGAUUCUAUCUUCUGGGUAUUUGGGGAUGGGUUGCGGAUUGCCAAAAGCAACUAUAACAUUGAAGGAGAGGAUGAGGCUCAUGGGCGAGUACCCAUCAGGACUUUUUCUUGAGUUUUCUGUUAAGCCUGUCAGAAGAAAGAGCAAUCCCCAAAUAGGUUUCUUUUAAAAAAGAUUUACUGCUAUGCUUGGACACUGAGGGUAUCCACUAUAUAGUUGGAAGGCUCAGAAAUACCAUUCACAUCCCUCCUACCCAGGUCCGUUGGGAUAACUUACCUCUUAGCACUUUAGGCUCUCUGUGACCUUCCAGCUCUGCCCAUUUGCUUGAGUCAUGGCUGAGCUGAAGACCCAGAAUCACACUAGAAUGUAUCCUGACUGAUCAGAGGAUGUGACAACUUACUAACUAUGGAUGCCUCCUAGGAAACAGUCUGACUAAUGUGGAACCUGCAACUGUGAGUGUGGCUGGAGUCUUUUAAUUCCAAUGCGAAACUCUGCUAAGGGAAAACCCCCACUAUUAAAAGAGCUGCUCCUGAAGGAAUUAGUUCUUGUUAGGAUUCAGCAAGGACCUCUCUUUUCAGUGGCCUUCAUAGGCACACUGUAAGGAGGGAGUGCAGAGUAGCAUUCCUUCGGGGCAUAAGCCAGAAUGACUCUUUUUCUCAGGGACCUGCAUGGGCCUCCAGCUUGUCAGGUGGAAUGGCUGAGUGAAACCUCCCACGUAGUGCCUCAUUAACAGCGAUUCCCUCCAACCCAGCUUUUCUGUGCUCUUGGCAUUUUACUACUUGGUGUGGACCUCAGAGAAGCUGAACUGUAAUUGAAAAUGUUUCUGACGUGUGGAAGAAAUGAAGACUGCUUUGUGU